ACACACGUGGCGUAGUUGUCCGAUGACAAGGAGUGAUUAUCAAUGUUUACGUUGUGUAUUUCGCUAAACCUUGGGUGCGACUUGUCCUUCUGACAUUUAUACAGGAAGCAUGAAAACAUAUAACAGUAAUUUAAAACGGUACUCGCAUAAGUUUUAUUGAUCAGUGCUUGAAAGUCAGAGUGAAUAAUUUUGGCGCGACUGUUGCACGUGAUACACCUGUCAAUUGUUUCUCUUUCGUUGAUUACCGAUGAUCGAUGCUUUUAAUUUAUGUAAUUACUGCAGUAAUUGGAUACGUGAUUUACACUGUGAUCAAGCUAAAGGCUGAAGAGUGGUUCGAAGAAAUCAGAAUGAGCAAAUUGAGAUUGAAGAAAUAUAAUUUGAAUGACGAAGAGUCAGAGAUGCAGAAUAGUACAGCGAUCGAUGAAAAACACACUAUUGAGAUUUCUAGUGAUGAAUCAUCAGAUGAUAUAAUGGAUCAGACAGAAUAUAAUACAAAUACUCUGCUACAGUUUCAAAAGUCCACAGACAGUGUGACAACCGACGAAGAUGAGGAGGAGCCGAUCUUUGCAUCCAAAUCGAAUUUAAAUAGCAAAGGUCCGAUGUUUAGUUGGGGCCAGAAAAGUAUAGGCUUGAAACAGAACAACGAGGCAGCGUACAGUGAUUUUGAUUCUGAUGAUGACAAACAAUGGUACGAUGUUAAAAAAAAGAAGUUAAAGAGACAAUUAGAAACAGAAUUAAAAACAGAGGUGCGGAAGCGGAUCGCGGAAUUGGAAAACGGCUUGAACGUAGUCCUUAGCGGUCAAUCCUCUUCCGGUUGCUGCGAGGCGCAAUCCAGAGACGGCCUCGAAAAAAUGAAGAACACGAAGGCCCCGAAGAUCCCGAAAAUCUAUUACGGCACCAGAACUCACAAGCAGAUCGAGCAGGUCGUCAGGGAGCUGAGGAAGACCUCGUACAAGCACAAGAAAAUGACCAUAUUGAGCAGUCGGGAGCACACGUGCAUACAGGAGAGCAACAAAAACAAAACGGAACUGUGCAACGAUCUGCUGGACCCCCAAAAGCACCUAGGGUGUAAAUUUUACAACGAGAGCAACAAGAAGUCCCUGAACAAUUUCCACGUGGCGGAGAGGCACGGUCUGAGCUCGGUAUGGGACAUCGAGGAUCUGGUCGCCAUAGGGAGAAAGACGCAGCUGUGCCCGUACUUCGCUGCCAGGAACCUCAUGGACUUCGCCGACAUCAUCUUCUGCCCGUACAAUUACAUCAUCGACCCUGAUAUCCGCUCCAGCCUCCAAAUGGACCUAUCGAAUCAAGUGAUCAUCCUCGACGAGGCGCACAACAUAGAGGACAUAUGCAGAGACGUGGCGAGCGUCGAUUUCCGGGAGGACUACCUCGAGAUCGCCGCGAACGAGUGCAAAGACAUCGGGAAUGCGAGGACCAACGAUCCCACCGCGUACAAGAACCUGCAGGCCUACUUCCUGAAGCUGGCGGAGUUCCUGAAGAGCACCGUGCUCAAAAAGAUAGAGGACUACAGCGACCGCUUGUCGAGCCCGUACUGGUCGGGCACGGAGCUGUUGGAGCUCUUCAACAUGCACGACCUCGGCGAGACCGCGUACCCAUCUUUCUUCAACGCCUGUAGCUCCGCGAUCGAGGACUUCAACAAGAUGAAAGAUGAAAAUCGGAUGCAGCCGGUCGGCAAGUUUGUUUCGGAGCCGGUGAUCUCCACGGCCACCAAGAUUCUGGUCGAGCACCUGAUGUUCGCCAUGAGGAUGAUCUUGAAUUCGGAGUUCGCGAACGACUACAGGGCCUGCGUCACCGAGGAUACAGUGAAGAACGCCAAAUUCGCCAUGGACAACACCUGGUUCAAGAGCAAGAAGAUGGAUAACCGUUUAAGAACCUUGAAGUUACUCUGCAUGAACCCCGGAGUGAUCUUCGCACCCCUAGCUCAGUCGGCUCGAUGUAUAAUCCUUGCGUCCGGUACCUUGACGCCGACCACGUCCUUCCAAAGCGAGCUGAACACCAAGUUCACUCACGUGUUGAACACUGGCCACGUGAUCCCGAAAGAGCAAGUGUACGCCACCUGUAUAUCCAAAGGACCCAAAGGCGUUUCUCUGAGAGCUACCUAUAAUAUCGUCAACAGCUGGGCCUUUCAGGACGAACUGGGAGAGGUGUUGGUCGAUGUCUGCGAGUCCGUGCCCCAUGGUGUCCUCUGUUUCUUCUCGUCUUACAACACGAUGAACAUGCAAGUGGAGAGAUGGAGGAAGACGUCUAUCUGGAGCAAGAUCGUUAAUAUAAAGCAGGUAUUCAUAGAGCCUCGUUACGGUGGCGAUUUGAAGGGCAUCAUGGACGAAUAUCGGGGGGUCAUAAAGUACACGUCGACCGGACCGAGCGGAGGAAUCAAUGGGGCCCUGUUCCUGGCGGUUUUCCGGGGGAAGGUCGCGGAGGGGAUCGACUUCAGAGACGAGGAAGCCCGCUGCGUGAUAACUGUCGGUAUACCGUACGCGGUAAGAAAGGAUCCGGUAAUUGCUAUGAAAUUGAAAUAUAACGACAUGAAUACCGAGAGAGGCUUGUUAAAAGGCUCGGACUGGUACUCGAUCCAAGCGUUCAGAGCUUUGAACCAGGCCCUGGGACGUUGUCUGAGACACGUGAAGGAUUGGGGGGCGGUCCUGUUAGUGGACGAAAGAUUCCUGAUGCCGGAUAGCAUCAAGAACUUGCCGAAAUGGGUUAAGACGAUGUGGAUCCAUCAAACGAGAUACGAUUUGAAGCAGCAACUUCGCGAUUUCGUGGACAGACAGAAAGCCAGAGAGGAGAGGGAUAAAUAAAUAGUAACAACGUGUUAACCAUAAGAUCAUUUUACUGUACGACGGCGUGUUUUUAAUCAUCUAUCGUGUACAAAAACAUAUAUUACAGCCGAUGAAUUCAUAUACAAAUUAACAAGCAUUUAUUUCUAUCUUGUAUUUUACAAGUUGAGGGUGUCUCUCUUCUGUAUCAUUCUCAGAUGCUUUUUCUUGAUUUUCUUCAACUUCGCCGUGUUUGUAAUCUGAAAUAAGAGUAUUAGCCUGAACGAAUGCCGUCAUCGGAGUAUACAGAAAUAUAUUUUUAUAUAUAUUCGUGGCA